AUGCCGCUAACGUUGGUGACGCUCGCCGCGCGUCCUCGGCCUGCCGUGGCUGCCCUAGACCACGUGCUGAUAGCGAUUUCCUCGUAUUUGGACUAUUCAGGUCUGAUUCCACUGGAUCAGGCGUGUGCGUCUGAGCCCAUUCGACUUCUGGACCGCAUUUGGGACAGCAGCGACCCGGAGACUCAGGACGGAAGUCAUCGCUGGUCUCUAUGCAGGCACCUGAGGAGCGAUAUCCACUACUAUCGACACCAGUUCACAGCGUCACUGCGAGCUGCGGUGGUUCGAGGAGAUUUGGAGAUUGCACGCUGGCUUCUGGAGCACUUCUCGGGGUGCAAGGCGGACGUCGAGGUCGUGGAAGACGCGGCGCGCAACGGUCGACUCGAGAUCCUGCAGUUUCUGCUGGAAUUCGAGCGCGAAGGAGAUGAAGACGACGAGGCGAGGAAUGCUAUUUGUUGGGGCACCGAUGAUAUGGUCAAUGCACUGGAAGCAGGCUUCCCGGAGGUCGCGCGCUGGCUGUACGAGAACACCCCCGAAGCUGAUCGAGACCUGAACAGAGCAAUGGAGCUCGCCGUUCGAAGCGGAGACAUGUCGGUGAUUCGGUGGCUGCUUGAUGUGGUGUACAGACCGGAUCUAAAUCUUCCUCCACCGGCGCUCAACGAUGCUGCUGCUGGCGGUCACAUGGAGCUCGUGCGAUGGAUCUUUGAGCAAGGUUACGACGGCGGAUCGGAUCGUGCACUGGAGGGUGCAGCUAAGAACGGCAAUUUGGAGAUGCUGGCAUGGCUUGUAGGCCAUGGCAUAACCGAAGGAGUGGACGAAGCUGUUCAUGCGGCUUGUGAGCUGGGGAAUUUGCCCAUAUUGCGAUGGUUGCACGGCCACAAAUUAGGUUACUACGCCUUGUACGCCGUGCACAGCGCUACCUAUCAUGGUCACUUAGAUGUUGUGAAAUAUCUCGAUGAUGUCGGCAUUGUGGAUUCAGCGGCAGGGAUGAUGAGGAUCGCUGCCGAGCGUGGGCAUCUUGACAUUGUGGAAUGGCUGUAUGGGAAGUUCACGCACAACAAUGCUGUGGACCUUUUCCCGCCGAUCGAGACUGGGGAGUUUCCAAGACCUACUGCGAUGGACAAAGCUGCAGCCAAUGGACAUUUCCAUGUGCUGAAGUAUCUCCAUUCAGUUGCCGUGACAUAUGAGGAAGAAGGGCGAAUUGGAGGCCCAUUGUGCUCCAACAUCGCCUUUCAAGCGGCUGCUGCCAUGGGACACCUUAAUAUCGUCAAAUGGCUGUAUGAUACCUAUCCGGAGAAGUGUACGUCACGUGUCGCCACCUCAAUGGCCGCUCGCAGCGGUGAACUGGAGAUCCUUCGGUGGCUUCACACUCACACGGACGUCGAGUGGACGACGUCUGCGAUGGAUGAGGCGGCCAGUGGUGGUCAUCUUGCUGUGGUGAAAUGGCUUCACUCGAAUCGAUCUGAGGGGUGCACGGAGUACGCGAUGAACCAGGCGGCACACUUCGGUCAUUUGCACGUUGUCCGAUGGCUGAAUGAUAAUCGCUCCGAGGGGUGUACUACUGAAGCGAUGGACCUCGCUGCUGGCCCCGGAUUCUUCGAGGUGCUGCUAUACCUGCGUGAUCAGCGCACCGAAGGCAGCACUACCGUAGCGAAGCUCGCUACACUUCACGGCGGGGGUAAACACAUACUUGCGUGGCUUGAGAAGCACUACCCCGAUGACUUGUGGCAUUCGUGA